UUAAGUAAAAGCGAAGGCCAAGAAGAUUGAGUUAAAAAUGUCAAACGAUACGACUGUUUAAAAAAAAAAAAAGAAAGAAAAAGAAAGAAAUUGUAACUUCUAAACAUAUUUUUUUAAAUUAAGCGAUCGCCCCCAAUAAUAUCCACAGGCUCCUCGCUCGAGAAGGGUCUAGCAGCUUCAUUCUGUUGCCUUGCUCCAGUCUCCGCCGAAUCACUACCUGUUUUAGCCCAGAGGGCGGGGCGCCUCUUGUCAGUCCCGCCCACCCUGCCUUGUCAAGUGAGAGAAAAGAACCGGGAAGUGAAGACGGAGGGUGUGCGGGAAUGGCUGCGUUACAGAGCAGGAGAAAGCCGUGCGUAUUUCGGCUAGCUUGCCACUACUGCCCAUUCAGGAAAGCCAGAAAAAAGAAGAGUUAUGAUAUUUGGAUUGAUUCAUCAGCUACUUCAGGUAGUCGGUGGUCUGCUCUUGACUCUGCACCAAGCAUGUACCUGCCUGACACCAACAACAAAAGUAGUUCAAUAUGUUUGGAGGGCAUCUCUGCAGUGUCCUUUGAGCAGUCAACUCUGUCUGUAUUGCAAGCAGACUCGGAACACGAGGGAACAGCAAUGGACACUGAUGGGCCGUUGUCAUCAAUAUGUAGUGGAAAGAGCAAAGAUGUACAAGAAGGCUCUGACAGUAAUUUUAAUGAACAAGUGGAAUUUCAUGAUAGGAUUGUAGAUGAUCAAUUGAAGAACAACUGGAAACAGCAAAGCAGCACUCCUUCAGUCCCUGAAGCACUACUGUUUCAAGGACAAAUGCACAAUGGCAUAGAAAUGGAUAUUGACAUUGAUCCAGAGACUGGGGAAAGAGCACUGGGACGCUCAUAAGAAGAUCGGUUUCUUUACUGGGGCUUGCUGCUUUUGCUGUGGUGUUCAUCCUGGUGGUAUAACCAGGAUCUAAUGCAGUUUUGUUUACAGUUUGGCAGCUUCUCCACUUUGAGAUGAGAUGCAGUACAAUAAACAGAAAAGGUCAAAGAAACCACUAAAGCAGCAGGGUGGCCUGUGCACAUGUGCAACCAGAGUAAAGCGGGCAUGCUAUCAAAGAGCGUCGUGUGACCUUUAUGUAUUCUGCUCUGCUGAAGACAAGAACACACAGUCCAGUCUGAAACUGUUUUCAAAGUUUUUUAAUUAUUUAUUUUUAAGCUGUUUUUUUUUGUGAAACUGUGCAGCUGAAAACAUAAUGGUUGUAAAUGCUCUGCGCACAACAGUAGCAGCUACAAUCUGAAGAUAUUUUGGGUAAGUUCUGGGCCACACAGGUGAUUUUAUUACCCAGAUCCGUGGAUUUUCCUUUUCUUUAUCAUGUGUGAUUCCUGACACCUUAGAGAUGCCCCAUGAAUAACAGUGCUAAUUUCUUUACAUCAGUAAUAAUAUUGGUUAUAAAUUGAGAGGGUUUACUGAGGUUGUCUGUACUUAAAGGUGACCUGUGCAUCCAUCUUUAGUUUUAUUUUUCACUUUGUAAAUGUUUUCCUUUUCUAUCUGGCUUGGUUAAUUUUAAAAUUGAUGUAAGUGCCUUUAAUUACCAUACUGCAACGCAGCAGUGCUUCUGGAUUGCCAAACAGGAAAGAUAGCCCUAGGAGGGUGCAAACUGAAAUUCAAAUUAAAGAUGCACCAAUCAGCUGAGAGAGCAACAAAAUGUACAAUCAACUAUUGGCCAAUUGUUAGAAAUAAGAUUUUUAUUGUUGAUUAUUUUUGUUGCAAAAACGCUUCCCGUGAUGCUUUAGCAACAAAAGUUAGUGGGUAGAGACGUGGGCUCUCUUUAGUGUUUGGGCAGACGACACCUGAAAUGCUGUUUGCGCACACAGUGAAAAUUUCACAAGGAGGGAAUAUUAGUAAAAAGCGCAAAUCUGAUUGCUCGCCUCAAGGCCAGGCAUACUAAGGAACAUGACAGGUUUCCGAAACACAAAUCUGCUUUGGCCAAGGAUAGUGGAACUCCAUCAGUAGCACAAGCAUUUCAUAGUUGAGGAAAAUUCAAUUCAGGCAGUACAAAAGCUCAAAGUAUUACUUGAAAAGUAAUGGAACUUAUCACAAUUGAUGAGCCUUUGUCUACAGUCGAGGAUGCUGUGUUUCAGUGAUUGAUAGCAUAUCUCCAGCCUCAUUACGCAAUUCAAAGUCAGUGUUAUUUCUCUGACGUCCAACUACUGGAAAUGUACAAAGUAUAGCCCAGGGGUGGGCAGUGGUGGUCUUGAAGAGCCGCAGUGCCUGCAGAUUUUUGUUUCAACCCAGUUUCUUAAUGAGAAGUCAAUUAUUGCUGAUAAAUCACUUGUUGCUCAAGUAACGCUUUGCUACUUCGUUUUAUUGGUCUCGCUUGUUAAGAUUCUCCACCCUUAAUUGCAUAUUUCACUCUUUAAAAGCUGCAUUCACUGUUUUUAGAGGCUCCUUAUUAGCAGUAAGAUGCAAAUGACAAAGGAGCCAGCAGUUCUCUUGAACCUGUCCCAGUCAUUCAGUACAUAAGACACGAUGGCUCUGCGGAUAUCAAGGCUGAGACUGAUAUGGCCAUACAAUCAGUAAGAGAGAGCAUGGAAGAGGCAGCUGCAAUCUCGGGGCAUGGAAACCACUGGGUAGGGGUCAGUGAAAUUGUGAUCAAUGGUGAUCACCUGAAUAGUCAUGUUAUUCGGGGUAAGCUUGCACCCGUUGAGAAAGAAAGUACGAAGGAAUGCGAGAAGUGGUGGAGCAGGGAAUGAAAAGCAGAAGUCAGCACCAGGAAGAUGUACGUGAGCAAGUAAGGAAGCCCAACAAUGACAUCCUUGAAGCGGUGGAGUAAACAAAAAGGCAGGAGUCUCCAGCAAGAAGAUGUGAAGCAAGGCCAUCAAUAACGGGCUUGAAGCGGUGGAAUAGAGAAGAAGGAAGCAGUGAGCAUGACAAACAGCUGAGAAAAGUAAGGAAGUGAGUGAGGAGGCACAUGAAUACUGGAUGUCGUUAAUGUAUAUAGGCAGGGAGCCCGGACAGCAGCCGUGCGGAAAAAGGAAGGGGGACCGGGGGCGGCCCUUGUGUGUCUCUGCCGUGAAAUAAAUACUCUGUUAACGGGAAUAAGGAAUGAAACCGCCAAAAGGAGAGGUCAGUUCCGAAUGUUCCUUACGGCAUAAUGGUGAGAACUGCCAAAAAGAUGGUUAUUUUUGAAAGUUCGUUACGGGGCAUGGUGCGAAAUGAAACAUACUUAACGUUUAACUGUACUGUGUAAAGGAUGAGCGUGGGAAAUUUGGGCUUCCUAUGUAUAUUGGAAGUCGCAGAAAUAGGAGGGGUUUCCCCUAUAUAUACAGUUUAGGGGUACACCUGUCUCCCCCCCCUUAGGUGUUGCAAUACGAAAUGAAACAUACCUAACUUUUGUAAGUACACUGCAAGAAAUGAGCAUGCAAAAUUUCAGCCUCCUACCUAUAUGGAAAAUGGGAGAAUUGGUGAUGAGGCAGUGAGGGCUUUGCCUUUUAUAUGUAUAUAGAUGAGCUGGACAGAUGGAAAAUCGAUAAAUCAAGAUUGCAAGCUGUGUUGCGUGACAAUGCUAGAAAUAUUAUUAGAGCCAUGGAGGAUAGUGGCACUCGGGAAGUAAACUUGCAUGGUACAUUCGCUUCAUCAGUGUCACGGACUUGGUUAGUAUAUGCAGACAGACACUAGGUCAUUUCCAGUACUCCUCUCAUUUACUCGUGACUGCAGUCUUUACAAACGCAGUUCGGAGUGCCUCAUAAGCGACUCAAACAAGAUGUUAUUAUGUAAUGGAGUAGCACAUUUUACAUGACGCAAAGUCUACUGGAGAAACUGAGCACUUGCUGCUUACGCCGCAGAUUAUGAGGUGCCUGUGACACUUAAAAAUGUUCCAUUACUGUCCACUCAUCAAGUGUACAUCUCUCUCCGUUUGAACAAAUUACAAGAGAAACGGGUGCAGCAGAUUUAUCAGCUGACGUGAUCCCCUUUUGGAAUCACUGAAAGAGUUUUGGGGCAAAGGGGCUGAUGAUGACAACGGAGUGAAGACCACAAAAUGAAUCCUACCCAAUGCAUUAAUUAGGCACUGUGUCCAAAGCAGUUACUGUCUAAAUGGAAGUAUGUUAAUUUUAAUGGUUAUAGCAUUUUUUUCUUACAAGUAACAGAGCAGUUAAGUAAUCAAAUAUAUAACUCCGAGACUGAAUAUUUUGUUUAUUAAGCCAAUAUUAAUGUUGCCUACACUAAAUUUAAGAGACUGUCCAGUGACUUAAAAUGAGAGCAGUGAUGUUAUAAAGUGGUGGUACAAUUCAUAGACUGUUUUUGUUUAUUUGUAUGCUAAGGGUUGAUAUCAGAAAAUAAAUGCACCUUUUCAUAUUUUACAAAUAUCAUUUAUUACUUUCACCAAUAUACUUAUCAAUUAUCAACAGAGCCACCAAACAAUCGGUAUCGGACAGGAUCCCCCCCACUAAUCAGAUUUAUUACAGAUGUCUUUCUGUCCGGUAAUCCUAACACCCACUUUUCCAUACUGUUUACUCAAAACAAAUGAUUGUAUAUAUUCUGAUUAAAUCGCUAUGAUGUGAAAAACUCAAAAUACUGAAAAUGUGACUCUUUGUAUAUACUGUGUGAAAAUAAAGUCAUCUGAAUGUGUCUUAGAAAUGGG